UAGGUUCACUACAUUUUCAUCUUACCAUAAAAUAAAACAAAAACAAAAACAAAAAAAACCAACACUGCAUCAUCAUCUGUUUAUUAUUCUCCAUUUUCUACCAUAAAUUAAAAUCCGUUUAUUUUAUAUUUCCAAUUUUUCUUCCGUGUCUUGUAUUGUUUCUUCUCUACAUCCUUGGGAUCUUUUGCAGAGACAAACCCAGAAGAAAGAAGGCCAAAAAAAUUAAUAUUUUAUUAAAUUAAAUUCAACCCCUUUACUUUGUGGCUUGUUGGUGAUUCUGUUGUACAGAAGUGUUCGAUAAAAAUAAAUUUGUCCAAGAUUGUAGUGUAGAUCGAUUCAUUAUUUAUAACGUUCUGUGGAGCAUUGCAUGAGUGAUUUCCCUGUGAUUCUUUUGUGAAGUCAAGUAAAGGUUCUAUAAUUACAAAUUGACAUUCAGAAUCUUCUUGUAGGGAAUAUAGCUAGAGAUUAUAGUCUUGUUAACACGGUGCGAGGAAGAUGGCUGGUUUUAAACGAAGAUUAUGUAGUGAUUCAGAUAUCCAUGCUCUUCACAAAGAAUUGGAUGAAGUUUCAUGUCCUAUCUGCAUGGACCAUCCACAUAAUGCUGUUCUCCUACUUUGCAGCUCUCAUGAUAAGGGCUGCAGAUCUUACAUUUGUGAUACAAGUUAUAGGCAUUCAAAUUGUCUGGACCGAUUUAAAAAAAUGAGGGACAACUCUAAGGAGAACCCAAAUUUACCAAGUUCUUUAAUAAACACUAACAACUCUUCUGGUAAUAGUUUUGAUAUUAACUUUAAUGUGCAAUCUGACAUGCAUAGUGUUAAUGAAUUAUUACUGUACCAAAAUGAAAUUAAUACUCUAUUGUCUGUUGGAAUUCCACAAGGAUCGAGACAGGGUGAUGUCCAAGAUCCAACUGGACAUUUAGACCAACAUGAUGAAGGCAUUUUAGAAACUGCUGAUUCUGAGAACUUGCAGGACAGGGCUGUUCUUGAGGAGGAAUUAGAUGUAGAUAAUUCAUCUGAGGACUCGAAAUCGAGUUUGCAUUGUCCUCUAUGUAGGGGCACAGUAUUAGGCUGGGAGGUUGUUGAAGAGGCUAGAAAUUAUUUGAAUAAUAAGAAGAGAAGUUGCUCUAGAGAUUCAUGCUCAUUUGCUGGAGAUUAUCUCGAACUGCGUAGACAUGCUAGGAGAGUUCAUCCUACUUCUCGUCCCUCUGACGUUGAUCCGACAAGAGAACAAGCAUGGCAACAAUUUGAGCGCCAGAGAGAAUAUGGUGAUAUUGUGAGUGCUAUUCAGUCUGCCAUACCAGGAGCUGUGGUCGUUGGGGAUUAUGUUCUCGAAAACGGAGAUGGUAUUGGUAGGUUACCAGGUGGUAAUAGGGAUGGGAACAAUGGCAAUGGUAAUGGACCUUGGUUAACCACCACCACCACCAUCUUGUUCCAAAUGAUGGAUAGCACCAUUGAAAUUGUUGGGGAACCAAGAGCUCGUUCUUCAAGUGCAUGGUCAAGGCAUCGUCGUUCAUCUGACCGUCGUCGCUAUCUUUGGGGUGAAAAUUUAUUGGGCCUUCAAGAGAAUGAAGUUGAAGAAGAUCUAAGAAUAUUUAAUGAACUUGUUGAAGAUGCAUCACAUGUCCCAAGGAGGCGUCGUCGUCUGAACAGGACAAGGUCCAACGAAGAUCAAUCGUGAUGAUUCUAAUCAUUUAUUUAUCUGGUAAAUAUUCAUACUUCUGUUUUUAUUGACAGAAAUUUUUGAAUUGUAUCUGAUUUGUCAUCAGUUAACCCCACUUGGUUUCUUCAAUAGAAUUGUUUGAGCAAGCAUGCUGAACAUGGUCAAGUUGUAUCUGGCAAACACGAUUUCGGGCCUAUGCAUGGACCCUUAGAGUGUGCUGAAACAGAAAAGUUCAGAAUAAAUCAUGAGCCAACCCUUAUCCUUUAUACACAAGUUUCAACGAAAAAGAAUUUCUGGAAUUGUUUUCCCUAAAGCUUGCUUUUGUGUAACAGCAUUUAGUCUUGGAAACACUAAACUUCUGAGUGAUUUGGCAGGUUGUUGCAUAGUAUAUGUAAAUUAUAUUGUUCAGUCUUUAUAUCUAUUAAAUUGUAUGUUUUCAGCUUGUAAAUAUUGUGUGAUCCUUAUGAAGCAAUUGUAUAAUUGUUUAUGUCA